GGAGCGAGAACUGCAGCGUGAAGCCUCGCUUCCUGAAUGUGUCACGAUCUGUUACAUUUGCAUCAAGCCACAGGCAGUUCAUGCUGCUUGGAGUACAAAGUGAUUGAAAGUUCAGUGUAUUCUUCAGCAGGGACUAUUUUUUUUUUUAAUACUGCCAGGAUGGCAUUACAGUUUAAAGAUGCCUUUUGGGGAUCAGACUUCAUCAGCAAUGUUGGUUAUGAGACUAUUCUGCAAAGGCUUAACGAUGGUCGACGAACAUGCAAAGAAGUGGAGGAGCUCUUGAAAAUGAGAGCAUCAGCAGAGGAGAAAUAUGGCAAAGAGCUUAUCACAAUUGCCCGCAAGGCCGGCGGUUUGUAUGAGAUCUGCACUUUGAAGGCAUCUUUUGAUGAAAUGAAAACACAACUUGAAAAUGUAGGAAACUUGCACAUUCAGCUGUCGGGGCUCUUAAAGGAGGAGGUGAGGAGAAUGGAGCAGUUCAGAGAGCGACAGAAAGAACAGAGAAAAAAGUAUGAAGUCAUCAUGGAGAAGGUCCAGAAGACAAAAGUCUCCCUCCACAAGAAAACAUUAGAGUCCAAAAGAUCCUAUGAACAGCGCUGCAAAGAGGCAGAUGAGGCAGAGCUAACAGCUGAGAAGCUGGGCACCGCACCCACAGCCACUCCCAAACAGAUUGAAAAGAUGAACAACAAAUUUAAACAGUGCAGAGAGGCUGCAGAAGAGGCUGAGAAACAGUACAUGUCAAACACUGAACAGCUUGACAAGGUCCGCCAAGAGUGGGAAUCAACACAUACUGACACAUGUGAGAUAUUUCAGCAGCAAGAAGAAGACCGCCUCAGUGUAAUUAGAAAUGCCCUGUGGGUGCACUGUAACCAUUUAUCAAUGCAAUGUGUGAAAGAUGACGAGUGCUAUGAAGAUGUGAGGAAGACACUGGAAAUGUGUGACAUUGUUGCAGACAACAACGGCUUUGUGGAGAUGAAAAGCACUGGCUCAACCCCACCAGCUCCGGUUGAAUUCCAAAAUUACUACGACAAGAAUUCUCCAGCUGAGAGAAAUGGCAGUGCUGGAUUUGUAGGAGUCAUGAAGAGGUUUUCAAAUCUUUUGCAAGGGAACUCUUCCAGUGGCGCAAAAACAAACAUCAAUGAAACAGUUGCUCGGCCUACUGCAGAAUCAUCAGAUGGAGUAUAUGCUUCCAUUCCUGGAAUCCAGACAUCCCAAAUGGGAAGUGAGGAGUACAAGGCUAUAUACGACUAUGUGGCACAGGGACAGGAUGAACUCCCUCUGUCUGUUGGAGAUAUUGUGGUUGUCAUAGACCAAGGUGAAGAUGGCUGGUGGACCGUGCAAAGAAAUGGUGCAUCUGGAUUGGUUCCAGGAUCUUAUCUGGCUAAAGAAUGAGUCUAUCUGACAGCUAUAUGUAAGGCUGUAUAACUACUACAUUUCUGUGUACAUGUUGUAAAGACCAUGGAAUUGAAAUAACCCAGAAGUUUCAUCUUAUCUGCCAUUUACCUUUCUUUUAAAUGUACCAUUGAAGCCCCAGUAAGGAUUUAAAAGUUUUGACACCUUGUUAAGGAGAGAAAUUAGUCCCAAAAGUGUCACAAAUGUGUAUAAUCAUGUAUGCACAAUUUUUAAAGUUCAGCUUCACAGAUCUGAUUUUUGCUCUCAAAAAAAAAAACAAAAAAACCAGACAUGUCACAAAAUAUCUUGCUUAAAAGUAACAAAAAUAGACACAAUAGGGUGUAUAAAAAUCAAGAUUUUAGGGAAAGUCAAUCUUAAAGUACAUGAAAGACAGUUCAAAGAAAAUUCAAACUUGGGUAAAAUCACUAAAGCCUUUAACACUUGUCUUGUUUAAAGAGAGUUGUUAUUAAAAAUGUCUCGGGUCCAGUGUGUCUAAAUUUCAACAGCACUUCUUUCAACAUGCUGUGAAAGCUGAAGAAGUCAUGACAUAGUUUGUGUGAAAACUAUUUCUUGACUACAUACAAACUCAAAAAUAGCAAAAGUCAGUGGUGUAUGUUGCAGUCUCACUAUGUCGUGCUUCAAUGGAAACUAUGUAGAAAGGAGAAGUGAGGUGAAGCUACAGUCAUGAUAAAAACAUAAAUAUUUCUUUUACAUUCUUUUUACAUGCAGAUGCAGAAAGAUUUUUGUUUCUAUAGGAUAGUUUUGUGUAUGUUUUGAAGGGACUUGUGCAAUCAGAACCAUAAAGAGAAACUAGAUGGGAGGACAAUUAAUAGUUUACAGUGGCAUAAAGCAAAAAAAGCCUCCCCCAAAUAGUAUUCAUCAGUACAUGAGCCACACUGAAAUCACGCUUUUUAGAUUGAUACUGAACUAUUUUAACCAACUUGCAUACGGGGUCACACUGUCAGAAGAAAAUGAUAUGGGAAUUGCUCAUAUUUGACACAGCUUACCUACAUAUAAUCACAGAUAUGUAAUGUAAUAAUACAGAUCAUUAAUUUAAAAUGUGAGUGCACCAAAGAAGCUCAAAAAUAAAGUGAAAUGUUGGUCAAAACAGAUCCACUGGCAGCAUUUCAGACAUUAAACCAAAGAUGAUAGAUUGUAGGACUAUGCCACAUUUUUUUCAACACAGUGCAGUGGAAUAAACUGAAUGUAUAACCCUGAAAUCAAUUGAAUCUAUGCAAGAUUGCAAUUUAUUUUCAACCAAUUAAGCCACUCACAUUACUUGCCUUUACUUGACUGUUGUUUUUAAUUACAGUUGUCAGACUAAACUUGGUACCAUAAUGUAAUUUGUCUGACAGGUGUUCAUGAUGAACUGUGAUAUACUAUUGUGAAAAGUCUCACUUCAGAGUACUUCAGACUAAAAAGAUAUUAGAUCAAAAUGGGCUGACUGAAAAAUUAAUGCUAUAGGAGCUAACUAAUCUACAGGAUUUAGUAGAAACCUGUUAAUUCAGAUGGCAAAAUGCUGAUAGUUCAGGAUUACAUAUUAAGUAAUAACUUAACCUAUGAAACACAGGAUAUUCCAUCAUGUUGUCUACAGCUAUUUUUCCAAAACUUACAAAUAGAUAUUAACCUUCAUAUGCUACUGAAUAGUGUCUAUAUUAGGUAAGUGUAUGUGUUCUAUUCGAGGUAUUGCUUUAGGGGGGAAAAACAGUUGUUUCAUUUGAAGUAAAAUAGGGAGCCCAGAUUUGCCUGUUUUCUACUAGCACCUGAAUGCAGCACACUAGGCAAAGCUAAAAGGGUGAAAUGUCUUAAAUUUCCAUAUGCAUGUGACAUGAUCUGUGCAUAUCUGUCGAUCACACAUUUAAGCCAGCUUUGUAAGUGAGGGAAACAAAUAUCCCAAAGAUUGUUAUUUAUUCAGGUUUUUAUACAUGCAUUUUAUAAUAUCGUUUGAUGUUUUCAAAUUGUUUUCUGUGUGUGGAUUUGAGUACUCAAAAUUACACGCAAAUCAGAGAGCCAAGGCUGCAGAGGAGGGAUUAGUGAACACGUUGAGCGAAGGAUGUUGAAGAUGAAGCUGAAAAUAGGAAGAUCACAUAGAUGCCGAUUAAGACCCUUGCAGAUCAUAUCAUACACAUUUGUGACACUUGUGAGACUCAUUUCUUUCCAUAGUCCCUAGUGGCAGCAAUAUAAAAGACUGCAGCAGAAAUGAAUGCAUGUUACACCUCAUGAAUUUGACCAAGAUGGUUAAAACUUAAGUGUAACAGCAGCAGCACAUUGCAUCACUUGUCUUGUUUUUAAUUAACAGAAAACGUAGAAAUGGCUUUUGUACAGUUUCAAUGUGCAGGUAUUUGUAUUAUAAACACAAA